AGAAAAGCAGGGUUUGUAUAGAGAAUAUCAGUGAAUAAUUCAACACCUAAGCGAGGUGGAGCUUGAGAUCUGCCUGCCUCCCUGUUUGUGCGUCUGUCCCGGACGAAGUGGGCGGUGGGGUGGCGUCACGUCAUAUCAGCCGCCGCGCUCUGAUUGGCUGCUGAUUCUCACCCGACACAGCUGUGAUUGUUUUCUGCAGAGGAAGCUCUCGUCGGUGGUAUGAGGUCUGUGCGGUGGAAUGGAGGAGCACUGUGUGUUUUUUCUCUCUCGCUCUGCGUGUGUUUGCUGACGAUGAUGUGAACAAACAACGUGACUGCAGUUCUCUUGUUGUAAAAGAGCAGGAAAACGAGGAGGAGGGAUCCUGGCUUAAAUCUGCUUGCCGAGGCGCGAAUGAACAGGAGAAGAGGAUUCUGCUUGGAGCUGACUCUGAAGACGUCUGGAGAUCAAGCUUUAAAGUGCCAAAUGCCCAGGCUGGAGGAGCAUUGUUGGAGCUGCUCCACUUCAUCAAAAACCGAAACUAAGCACCCAUCUUCUGGCGCAAACUGGUUGGCAUCCAGAGCUGAAGAGAUGAUGUCAAUCAUCACAUCGGUGCUCAGCAGUGCCUACAUCUCCUUGCAGGAUGUCCGGACGGCCAACCUGAUCCGCCGGGGUGUCGUCCUCUUCACGGUCGGAGUGUUCCUGGCCCUGGUGCUCAACUUGCUCCAGAUACAAAGAAAUGUUACCCUCUUCCCCGAGGAGGUGAUGACAACUUUGUUUUCGUCCGCAUGGUGGAUCCCACCUUGCUGCGGUACAGGAGCCGCUGUUAUCGGCCUGCUGUAUCCCUGUCUCGACAGCCACUUGGGAGAGCCGCACAAGUUCAAGAGGGAGUGGGCGAGCGUCAUGAGGUGUAUCGCUGUGUUUGUCGGUAUCAACCACGCCAGUGUUAAACUAGACUUCGACAACAACGUGCAGCUCUCCUUAACGCUAGCGGCCUUGUCCCUGGGUCUGUGGUGGACAUUCGACCGGUCCAGGAGCGGCUUCGGACUGGGCAUCACCACUGCCUUUUUAGCUACUGUGAUCACACAGCUGCUGGUCUACAAUGGAGUCUACCAGUACACAUCUCCAGACUUCCUGUACGUACGCUCCUGGCUCCCGUGCAUAUUCUUCUCCGGCGGUGUUACUGUGGGUAACAUAGGACGCCAACUAGCCAUGGUAAAGUCUGCAAGUCUUGAUCACUCUCUCAUCCUUUAACUGAAGGUUCAGACUGAUAUGUUGAUGUUUGUGUGAAGUGCUGAUUUCACGAGGUAACACUUACCUGGCUUUAUUGGAAUAUUACCAGUUGAAACAGGCCAAUACUCACUGCAAGAAACCACUGUUUACUGUCCUGUGAUCAUCAUAUUUAGGGGCUAUAGCAAAGUCCGUAGAGUCCAUUGUAUAUAUUCUGGAGUCAGAUAGCUAGGUUUUCUCGCUUAUUUACUAAAUUUUGCAGAUUUCAGAAUUAAGGGUUUUUAAAAAAGGAGCAUUUGCAUAUUUGGAGUUUUAUUGUCUUUUAUGUGUAAAACAGCAUACAGUGUAAGCAGUGAUAAGGUUGGAUGCUGACAUGUUCAUUUUCACUUUUGAGAUGAACUGUUCCUUUAAAGAGCUACCAAGACUUCAAGUUUCAGUGGAAACCAGUCACAUGACUCUUGAUCCAAAAGGUUUUUCUAAUUGGCCAUGUUAAAAGUUAGAGGAUAAAGUGGCAAUUCUGUGUUGAUGGUUUGAAAAGUUUUUGGUAUGUCGUAUUUGCGCAAAAUAUCCCUCCGCAUUUAUCGUUAUCAGCCUCUGCUCUGUGUCUAAAGAGCUGACUUCAAAAGCUUCCCCUGCGCCACACAUGCUUUAUUUGCAAUUAUUCUGCUGAGGCGCGGCAGCAGAUAACAUUGUCAAAUGGUUUAAAACUGUGCAAAGAGCAUUGGACGCCCCCCUUCCUUCAUAAUUAUCCCAGCAAGUCAGCUUUGAUGUCUUCAUUAAGCUUCUGCCCAGAAGCCUCACCUCAUUCUGUCUGUAAAGUACCAGUCCCCAUCACUGCCUCAGUUUGACUCACUGAAAGCGUGAAAGCAGAUUAAGAGCUGUUGUUUUUCACAGUCGUGGUGAGACACAGAGCCAGUCUGGACUCGGCUGACCAGAGGGUCAUUUGCUACUUGUUGUUUUUGUUUUCGUGAUGAGGCCUGAGGAAUGUUGGCACAAGUCUGAACUCGUGGUUUUGUUCUGUGUUUUUUCGCUCACUCGCUUCAGUGGGUCAUUUAUGAGAAGAAUCAGGAGGCACACGAGACCUUUUUUUGUUUUAUUUUCUGGAAAUGACAGUGAUAGAGUCUGUUUAGUUGGAUUAACCAUGGACAAAAACACCCUUUAUUACACAUUAGCUGUGAUUUAAAGCUGAAUGGCUGAUAAAUGUAACUAUUUUAGGAGCUCAUGAGCAAAUAAGGUGAUUAAGCAUGUAACAAAACAAGCCAAUGUUGAGAAGGAAGUACUUUCUUCCCCCGAUUCUGCAAAAUAUUAGGUUGCCAUUGGGCAGAAAGAAAAAGGGAACUGAUUCUAAUAUCAUGUCCUGACUAUGAGUUAGAUCAACAAACCAUGCUACCUUUAUACUGUGAGCAAAUACAAGUAUUAACCUUUUGCUGCAUUACAAAUUAAUAUAUAACUAACAUAGGCCUUGUUUUUCUUCUCCAGGGUGGUGUUGAGAAACCCCACAUGGACUGAUUGGUGGACGACUGGGCGAGAGCAUCCGAGAAAAAAUGGAUGCGUUCUGUGAGGAACGAGAAGAAUGAUGUGAGGAAAGACUCUUUGUCACGACCUCAUCUUUUGCUCAGAUGACAAAAGUGCAGGUCAGAAAAGCCCCUCAUCAAACGUGCCAUGUCCUCUGCAUCUCUUUGCAGCCAAACAGCCCCUUCCCGCCUCUGUUGUGCUCCAUUAGCAUUAAGGCUUCCUUCACACUACACAGGCGGACAGCCCUUGCCUUUUUUGUGUGUGUGUGUGUCCUCGUUUGAAGUGAACAGGAGAGGGGUUUAAUUUCAUGAAGUGGACGCGUGCUCCUGGGCGUGAUUGUAUCCUGGAAAUGGCAGAAAAGAAAUGAUGGGGGUGCUAUGAUGUUUUCUUUUUUUUAUUUUUGUGUGAUCAUAAAAGGGAAGUGUUGCUCUAGUGGGCAAAAUGAUGCUCGCUCGCACAAAGAGAUCCUUUUUUUUUUUUUUUCCCAAUGUAGAAUCCCAAUGAAACCAAAUUGAAGUAUUUAUUUCCAAGCAUCCAGUGACCGCCGCCCCCAAACUAAAUGUAUGUAUGGUAAUGAACGGUGUUUCACAUUUUUCGAAGGACUAGUUCAAUGUCUUGGGAAAUAUUUGGCGAAACUGCUUUCUCAUCUUAUUCCCAGCAGGAAAGCAAAUAAUUUUUCUGAUUUAUUAACACUUGAUUAUAAUACAUGAUUAAAGAAGGCGCCAAGUGUUGACUACCAAUUUAACUUUAUAUAUUCACAAACAGUGAAGAUCACUGAAGCACAAAAUUCAAGCUGCUUCAUUUUUUUUAGAAUGGAAAUUAGUUGUUUUUGCCAGCGAAUAGUAUUAUUUUUAAUCAGUUAUCAAGCUUGUCUUUGCUGUAAAACGACAGAGAGGACUGUUUUAAAGUAAGCGUUAGUCGGGACUGGGAGUUGAGAUGAACCAUAGAGGUGACGCAUGCUUUGAAAGAAUGUACCAGGUAUACUAGCAGUUUUAAAAAAAACCUUUCCAGUGCAUUUUUAUAGAAUGGACCUUACAUUCCCAUUUGGAAAAACACUUUACUGUGGGAUCGUACAUGUUUUCGACUUCAACAGCAUCCUCAAACUAGAGAUGAUAGUUUGGGAACAGACACCAGUUAAAAUGGGAGAGGACGGGACGUUAUUACAUAAGAUUUGCAAUCUGUGAUUGCCUGUGUAUUAUAGAAUGUAGUGCUUUUGUCACUAUUACAGUUUAGUUGUAUCCUUGUAAAAAACAUAAUGACAUUACUGCUUGUGUGUAUAAUGGCUUGCUUGUGUAAUCAGACAGGUAUUAUUACCAUACUAGACCUACAGUACGUUAGUGUUUGGGGGUCUAGAGGAUUAAGUGCAAUCAGACCAUACAUGAGCCAAUUAUUCUUCCUUAUUUAUUAUUUCUGACAAAGGCUAAAAAAAAUAUUUGUAACUUUAAAGUAUAUGCAGUGUGGAUCAUUCAAAACAGCAAUAAUAUCCUCUCUUUCUUAUGUUUUUUUUUUUUUUUUCUUUUUUUGUAAACAACAAUGCUUUUGUCAGAGAUUACAUGCCUUCAGAGUCAAUACCAAUGACUCUAACCAGAGAGACAGCAUAAAAAAAUAUAUUGUGUCAAACUGUUGUUUAAAAAAUCUCAUUUAGUAACAUUACUGAAGGAAACAUGAUUUAUUUUUUUAAAUCCUUUUUUGUGGCAGAUCACUUCAGGUCGAAUCUGCGUACAUUCAGGUGUGCUAAAACUGAAGAGGAAGCUUUAUGUUUUGAGGUGGUGAAGCACCUUCUGUCUCAAUGUUUUAGAGUUUCCGUGUGUGUGCGUGCGUCUGAUAAUUCAGCUGUGUAUCCUUUUUGCUACUUUGGAUUUAAGUGAAAAAUAAAAACACUUGACAAAAA